CGCGGGCAGGACCCAGCCCCGGCGCCCUCGGAGGAGGGAGCGGAGCCCGAGAGCGCGCACAUCCAGCGGGCGCAGAUGGCCGCCCUGGCUGCCAUGCGGGCGGCCGCCGCCGGCCUCAGCCACUCGCCCAGCCCGGGGCUGUCGGAUGAAAGCCAGGCCUCUGAGGAGGAGGAAGAGGAGGAGCGCGGCGAGGAGGAGGAAGAUGGCAGCGGGUACCAGCAGGAGAUGGGCUCUGAGGAGGAGGAGGAGCUAAAGGGCAAAUGGGACGAAGAUGACUUUGAAGAGGACCUGGGUGAGGAGGAAGAGGAAGAAGAAGAGGAGGAGGAAGAGGAAGACUAUGAGGAAGAAGAAGACAUGGGAGAGGAAGGGCUCAGCUCAGCAGAGGCGGUGCGGGCGGGUGCAGGAUCCCUGCUGCUCCGCAAGCCCCCAGCACCCCAGCACUACCGGGGGGAGCCACCACGGCUGCCAGGGGGACAGGAGCGGCUGCCCCCCGGCCUGGGCCACGCUCAGCCCCCGCCACCAGCACCUGACCACGGCGACUGGACCUACGAGGAGCAGUUCAAGCAGCUGUACGAGCUGGAUGGUGACCCCAGGAGGAAAGAGUUCCUGGACGACCUCUUCAGCUUCAUGCAGAAGCGAGGCACUCCCGUGAACCGGAUCCCCAUCAUGGCCAAGCAGGUGCUGGACCUGUACAUGCUGUACACGCUGGUGACCGAGAAGGGGGGUCUGGUGGAGGUCAUCAACAAGAAGCUGUGGCGGGAGAUCACCAAGGGGCUGAGCCUGCCCACCUCCAUCACCAGCGCGGCCUUCACCUUGCGCACCCAGUACAUGAAGUACCUGUACCCCUACGAGUGUGAGAAGCGUGGGCUGAGCAACCCCAACGAGCUGCAGGCGGCCAUCGACAGCAACCGGCGGGAGGGCCGGCGGCAGGGCUUUGGUGGCUCCCUCUUUGCCUACUCGCCCGGCGGCACGCACGGCCUCCUCUCCUCGCCCAAGCUGCCAGUGCCAGCGCUGGGGCUGGCAUCUGCCACCAACGGCGGGGCCAUCACGCCCGGCCAGAAGAUCAAGAAAGAGGAGGACUCUCCCAUCCCCAUCUCCAUGCCCAGCCGGCUCCCGGUCUCCCUGGCCGGGCACCCCGUGGUGGCCGCGCAGGCAGCCGCGGUGCAGGGCAGCGGGGGGGGGGGGGGGGGGGCAGCCGCGGUGCAGGUGGCAGCGGCUGCCCAGGCCGCGGCGCUGGAGCAGCUGCGGGAGAAGCUGGAGUCGGGAGAGCCCCCGGAGAAGAAGCUGGCGCUGGUGACAGACGAGCAGCAGCGGCUGAUGCAGCGGGCACUGCAGCAGAACCUCCUGGCCAUGACGGCCCAGCUGCCCAUGAGCAUCCGCAUCAACAGCCAGGGCACGCGCUCGCCAGAGAACCGCUCGGACACCGCUGCCGCCAGCAGCAACGGCACCAACAGCAUCAGCAUGUCCGUGGAGAUCAAUGGCAUCGUCUACACAGGUGUGCUGUUCGCCCAGACGCCCGGCCCUUCCUCCUCCUCUUCCUCCUCCUCCUCCUCUGCCUACAGCAAAGGCAACGGCGGCAGCAGCCGGAGCAGCGGCAGCAGCAGCGGGGUGGGGAGCGGCGGUGGCGGCGCUGGGAGCGUGCCCCCCGCCCCAGCCAGCCUGGCCGUGCCCCCCAGCUCUACCUCCAACAGCGCUUCGCCUUAACGCCCCAGAGCCUCGGGCCCCUGGUGGCACCGGCGGCCGCGGGGGGACGGGCUGGCACCGGGGCUCACCGGGGUCUCAACAGGAUUUCACCGGGAUCUCACCAGGGUUUCACUGAGAUCUCGCCUGGGUCUCACUGGGGUCUCAUCUCGCCCGAGUUUCUCCGGGGUCUCAUCCGGGUCUCGACGGACUCUGCCCUUUGUUCUCGUGUUGUUGGGUUUUCCUUUUCCAGGCAGAAAAGCUUUAGCCCGGGGGGUUUUGCCGGAGCCGCCGGCUGUCCGGCUGCGCCGCUCCGGGACCGUUUACCUCACUCACAUCACACUUUGCACUGUACAUUUAUUAUUAUUAUUAUUAUAAUUAUUAUUAUUUUUUAACUCGUGUUACCUCCAGACAGACGCACGGACGCCUGCUGACGCGAGCUCUAGCGAAACCCCCCGGAAUUCUAAAGGAAAAAAAAAAA